UGUUGCUGCAUUCCUACACACACGCCGCAAUAGGCUUCUUGCGUUUGUGUACGUUUGGAGCGUGAGUGCGCGUGCGUGCGCGUGUGAAUGUGACAGAGGGUUAAACCGCUGCACCGGGAACGCGUCGAUUGUCGAGUUUGAUCGCGGCAUCGACGGAGGAAGCGACAGAAGAACGGAGCGUGGAGCUGUUGCGCGUCGCGAUGACACGAGUGGCUCCGCGUCAAUAAUGGACUCUGAGAUGAUGUUUCAACCAGAGUCAGAUCAAAUUUCUCCAGUGGAACUCAAGCCUCCGCCGCUGGACCUGAUUGACACGGGGAAGGGGCUGAAGGUCCAGACAGCCGCGCCCCAUCUGGUGAGCCUGGGCAGCGGGAGGCUCAGUGUGGCAAUCACCCUGCUGCCACUGAGAGAAGGGGUAACCCGCAUAGGCCGAGAAGAUGCUCCAAUUCCUCAAGAUAUCACCAUCCAGGGUGCUGGCAUCGAGGCAGAGCACUGUCUCAUCGUCAAUGAAGGAGGGGUGGUGACCCUGGACCCCUGUGGUCACCUGUGCAGCCUGGAUGGAGCACAGGUCACUGUCCCCACACCACUCACACAGGGUUAUUCCCUGUGUCUGGGUAAGUCCUACUUCUUCCGCUUCAACCAUCCUGAGGAGGCGAGCAGAAUGAAGAGCAUGCUUCCACAAAAGAGCCCUGUGUCAGCUUUAGCCUACAACACAGACUAUUUGAAGUUUAGCAGCGACUAUAGCCAUGCGGUGGUGGGCGGCACCAACAGCGCUAGGGGCAUGCGAUCAGCCUCCGAGCUCCGGGACUUGAUGGACACACUGCAGCGCAAGAAGACAGCCCUGGAGAACAGCCUGAGAGCCAACGGGAAUGCGAACCCCUCUUACUUUAGCGUGACACAGUCACCCCCCACCACACCUACCACAUCUUCAUCAGCUUACCAGGAGCAGGCAAGGCGGUUCUACGGCUCGGAUCGUGCACCCGCGUCUUUGAAAUCGUCUCCCUGCUUGUCUCCCGGACGCCGGUCCGACCUUUCUUCUUCUCUAGCCGGGCGCACCUCGGCCAUUCGCGGUCAGGACGGCCACGGCAUGCGCCGGUACAACCCGGGCUCCUCCUCUUUACUGUCCACGUGGAACGGUGGAGGCUCCACCGCCUCUGUUGAUGGAAGCAACGACGCCCUGCUCUCUCUUCCUCCUCCCUCCUCUUCAUCGCGCACCCCUUCAACAGGAGGGGCAGCGAGCAUGCCCUCGAGCCCCCGUCUGGGCCGGCGUAGCUACGGCAACCAAGAUACGGCUCCCAGCUGUAGAAGUCGAAAGUACUCAACCGGCUCUCUGAAUGGGAUGAUGGCAGGAGAGCACACUCGCUCACUGCCCCGCCUCUGCCCCUUCCAAUCGCCCCGUGACAACAACAGCGGAGCCUUGACCUUGUCAACGCUGCCCCCGCGGCGAUCCAAUGUUGCCGGCGGUUACAAGUUCAGCAAGGACCAUUACAGCAGCGGUCAGAGUGCCAGCCCUGACCUCAACCACAACUCCAGUAAAUCCACCCAGCCUUCCGCCAACAGGAAUCAAAUUCCAACCACAGAUCAGGGUGAAAGUGUUGUUUCGAUCUCCCUCUCCUCCCCCAAGAACCUGCCCGCCUCUACACCCACUAUCUCUUCCCCAACCACCCCACCUGAUGUGACCAUCCCAUCCAGGACAGGGGGCUCCUCUUCUCCUCGUGUGGCCAAAAAACUCAGCCUGACUUCCACCAGCUCCUUGGGCUCCACGAGUUCCAGCCCUCCAGAAAUGGACCGUCUGGCGAGCCGCGGAUUGUACACAGGAGAGGGCCCAUCUCUGGGGGACAGGCGAGGGGUAGAUCAAGAGCUCACUGGAUCCUUCGGCUUUGGAUUUGGAGAGAGGAGGUCUUCGUUUGGGAAGGCAGGACUGGAACAUGGGAUGGGGCUGGGCGAGAGGAGGCAGUCAUUUGGAAAGGCGGGAGUGACCCCGACAGGAGGUCUCAGGGAAAGAAGGGGGAGUAUCAGCUCACUGAGCGGGAAGGAGGAACUGACCGACUACCAUCAGCACCAAAAAGAGGAGAGACUCCGUGAGCAGGAGGUGGAAAGACUGGAACGGCAGCGGCUAGAGACCAUCCUGUCUCUGUGCUCGGAGCUGGGCCGGUCUGCGAGAGAUGAGGGAGGCCCGGCAACGAGUCCCAAUUCAGCUGUUGCCGAUCUCCGGAAGAUCAACCAGAAGCUUGAGAAGCUUCGACUGCACGAAGACGGCGACGAUGACGACGACGAUGACGACACGCCGUCGGUCUUUUCCGACUCUUCUGUUAACAAUGGAUCGACGGGGAAUGGACACGUGGGCUCCCCUGGUUCCCAGAACGGUUACUGUGGUGAUGAUGAUGUCCAGGUACGACGGAGGCGCAGCAGCGGCCACCGGGACAACAGGGCGGAGUCCCCCUCCGUCAGUCUGCGAAGCUUUGCACCGUCUCCUUCUCCACGUGCACAGAGGACCAUUGAGGCUGUGGAUGAUGCAGCUCGUCGCCGCGGACAGGACGCCAUGCCUUCAGAGGAGGAAGUGAGGCGCGUGGAAGAGGAGAGGAUCCAGGUGGUGAACAACAUGGAGGAGCUGGAGCAAAAGAUCAAAGAGCUGGACAACCAGAUAGAGGAAUCUGCCCAAGAGGUGGAGCUGGAGCGAGCUCUGGUGGAGGCUGAGCAGGAGUCGGAGGUAGCUGCCCUCCAGCAGGAAAAAGAUGCUCUGGAAGCACUUCACACCAAGAUGUCUGACCUGGAGACCAAGUCCCAGCUGGAAAAAGAAAAGGCGUGCGAGUUGCUACAGGCAGAGAGGGGCAGAGUAGAGAGGUUGGCUCAGAUUGUGUGUGAGCAGCGCUCCCAGCUGGACAGCUGUCCCGAGGCCACCAAGGAGCCCCUGCAGGAGCAGCUGGCAAGGGACUGCGAGGUGCUCGAUGCGGAGUCAAAGCGCUUCGAGGACCUGGAGUUCCAGCAGCUGGAGAGAGAGAGCAGGCAGGACGAGGAGAAGGAGACCCAGACGCAGCAGCUCCUCCGGGAGACCGCCGACUACCAGCGGAGCACUUUCACACGCAAGGAACGUCUUUUAACUCUGAAGAAGCAGGCGACACAGAUUACCCAGCAGGCUCAGCGAGAGAAGGAUAGUUUCUUAAAGGAGAGGAGCACCCUCGAAGCAAUGCUGCAGAGGGAGAAAGAAAACCUCGCUAUGCUGGACAGGAAAUAUUCUGAACUCACUGGUGGCCGAGGUUUCACUCUGAGAGAGGCUGCAGCCUCUCUGGCUGAUGUCUGUCAGUCUUUUAGUGGUCGCUACAGUGACACAACUUCAGCCGCAAUUUCUCCUCCCCCAGUCAACUUCCUCACCUCUGUUUCUCUCAAGAAUGCAGAGGGCUAUGUCACAGUCAGUGAAAUCAAUGAGCUUUACUCACAGCUCGGGGCGGACCCUAAACCCGCCCCUGCCCCCACUCUGGCCAAUGACUCUCCUGAGACCGAGUCAAACUCCUCCCCUGACGACGACACCCCCAAACCACCGGAGGAUGAGCAUUUCCGUUUGAUGGAGGAGAGGAAGAGGUCUGACAGAGAAGUAGGUUCUCAUUUAAGUGACACAUUACCCAGGAAGAAAACCACACCCAUCACGACCCCCCAGUUUAUGUGUGCAACCCUGGGACGCAGCUACCCAACCAAGGCCCAUCACCCUUUGGUGCAGAGCACAAGUUGCGGCAGCAUUCUCCCAAGAAUGUUCUCCUUAUCCAACAAGGAAACUGACUCUCGCCGUCUGCAAAAAGGUCAGCCCGGCUCACGAGCAGCGUCCCAGAACAACGUCUACCUCGAUGCCUUUGGGUACCGUGACAACCAGGCCUUUGACACGAUGAGCGUGGAUAGCACGGACUCCGUUGACACCAGCAUCUCUGCCUGUUCACCGGAUAAUGUCUCCAGUGCCAGCACUUCAAAUAUGGCAAAGCUAGAGGAGAUGGAGCGCCUGCUUAGAGAAGCCCAGGCAGAGAAGAGCCGACUCCUUGAAUACAAGGAUCAAGAGAUGGAAGUGCGAAAACAGGCGCUGGACGAGGAGAGGAAAAGAAGGGAGGACCUGGAGAAAAGAUUACAGGAGGAGACCAACAGACGCCAGAAGCUCAUCGACCGGGAAGUGAAGCUGAGAGAAAAACAGAGGGCACAGUCCCGGCCGCUAACGCGCUACCUGCCGGUGCGAAAGGACGACUUUGACCUGCGCGCUCACAUUGAGUCGGCGGGCCACAGCACGGACACGUGCUUCCACUUAUCCAUCUCCGAGAAGACGUGCCGGGGCUACUUGAUCAAAAUGGGAGGCAAGAUAAAAACCUGGAAGAAGCGUUGGUUCGUCUUUGACCGCAACCGGCGCACGCUCUCCUACUACUCAGACAAGCAUGAAGCCAAGCUUAAAGGAGUCAUCUACUUCCAAGCUAUUGAAGAAGUGUAUUACGAUCACUUGAAGAAUGCGCAUAAGAGCCCGAAUCCCUCCCUGACCUUCAGUGUGAAGACUCACGACCGAGUCUACUACGUGGUCGCUCCCUCUCCGGAGGCCAUGAGGAUCUGGAUGGAUGUGAUCGUCACAGGCGCUGAGGGUUACACCCAGUUCAUGGUGUAGUGAAGGGAGCGGGCCACGACUCUUCUCCGCUUCUAAGACUUUGAUUCUUUUUUUUGUACCUUUAUCCGUUCUUUUGGAGAGACGUUGUUCUCAUCUUUUGUUGAACCCUGCGGCAGGCCUGAGUUACCCGAGGUCAUGAUCAUUUCGCUGCGUUUUAUCCGCCUCAUUUGGAAAAGUGGGCGGGGUUUAUAAUAACAUGUGGAGCGUUGAUGUGAAAUUGUGGGCAUAUCCAAGAUAUUCAUUUGAAGACAUUCAUCCAAUCGUGUUCAAUCGAGUCAUAAUGUAAUGGAGAUCUGAUAUGCGCUGCGGUGCACCAUUGUGUGUGGGAGUUCUCUGUGAGAAAUACAGAGUACAUAUGUUUUGUAUGAGCUUUUUACAACCAAUUUUCUUCAGACUGUUACUCAACAGCUGUUCUAGCAAUAUGAAACUUUUAACAAAAGCUUUUUAAUGUGGAGAUACCGUUGGCAAAAGUCAUGCUGAGUCAGCCCGUUUGAGCUCUACAGUAAGUCAUUAUCAAGUAUGUCAUGGUUGACAUAAAAUAAGAGAUAAGAUCAUCCUCUAUUUGUCCCGCAGUGGGACAUACAGCAGCAAAGGUAAAGUGCACACAGAGACAUUUAUGAAUAAACGGUAACAUAACAGAACAGUAGUUGUGUUAGGAAACGCUAAGUGCUAUACAUAGCCCAAAACAUUUUAACUGGUCAUGGAAGAGUUUGUGGUCUAUUAUGAGAUGGCUUUGAUUGACUUAAGACUGUUUCAAGUGUGUGUUCUAAUCCACAAUUCCCUGCCUACAGAAUACAUAAUGCUUAUUCUUAAAGGAAAAGUAAUUGAAGUGUAUUUAAAUUUCCAACUUUUUUUCAUCUAAUUUCAUCAUUAUUACUGCGCCAUUCUCAGGUCUUAACUGCGUGCAUGGAUGUGCAUAGAUGUGCAUGCAUGCGUCACAUGAUCAUGUGGGAAUUUACACACGUUUUCUCUUCUAAGUGCCUGUUUUGCAUUGCACACGCUACUUAGAUUUCUAUUUACUAGGAGCUUCUAAUAUAGCUCCAAGGUGCUAUUCUUACAUGGUGAAUUACACCAAUAAGCAAAAAAGCAUCAUCACAGAACAUAUUUCAAUUUAUUGGACUGUAAUUUUUCCCUCAAUAGUGUUUGUUAGUCAUUUCUGAAUGGAUCGCUGUGCUGGGUUUACACUACUGUCACAACAGGCACAGAAGUGAAGCACUAUUUAAACAUAGUUUAGACCAGGCUUGCUAGUUUCCAAUGUGAGCACCUGGUUGAAUGAGCAUUAAAAAUAAUUCAUUUUACAAAGGCACAGCAUUGUGAUAUUUGUACAUUUUGUAGUUGGUUGACGAUUGUGAGGAUCCAUUAUCACCUCAGAACUUUUCAGAAAAGUGUGUGGCUUUUUAGAAAUAAUUUUUCGUGUGACAGUAUUUUUGAAAUGAAUUAAUAUCUAUAUUUUGAAGAGCUACAUGUAUCUUUUUAAAAUGCAGAACCGUCUCUGGUGAGAAAAAGUGGAAGCAGGGCCCUAAGGGGUUUCGUGAGUUAGGAGCCGAUGUAGGUGACAGGAAGAAAGAAUCCACGGUACAUUCACCAAAGAGGCGUCUAGUCAUCCAAACUGUAUGAUUAUUGCUUUCAUUGCUUUUAUUGCCACUAAUUCAAUGUUUUAGUUUAACUGACUAUUCCACAUUGAUUACCAAAGCUGCUUUUACAUUUCACAGCGUACCACAUACUACGUCUGAAUAAAUCAGUCCCCUGAUGGAUGCCUUUAUACUCUUGCAUCUUGGCAUAGCUUUUUGUUUAUCGACCAAAGUACAUGUUUAUGUGAUAUAAUGUAUAUAUGGUUUCUUUGCUUUAACUUCUCUCUGUUUGUUUUCCACCAUCUAGAGGAACUGUUACAUGUGAAGCUUCCAUAAGCUGUUGUUUUGUUUCCUUUUUUUCUCCAACAAAUGUCAAUGUUGGCCCUACUGUAUUUAUACUAUUAUACAAUGCAUGUUUUCUUAAUUUUGUAUUUCCAUAUGAAUAUUAAAAAAUUCUAUAUUUUA